AUGGGCUGGUUUGCAGAGCCUGUGAGACCCGAACAGGGUCGCGCUAUAGCCGAACAGAUUGGUGCUUUUGCAUAUCUUGAGUGCUCAGCGAAGACCAAAGAUGUAAGGUAUCCGCGAAGUAUUCGAAAAGGCAACGCAAGCAGCUCUUCAACAGAAGAAGAAGAAGAAGAGCAAGUGCGUGCUGCUUUGAAGAAGCCUCCGCAUCGCUUCGCUUGUUUUGUCUCUCACCUCGUAUGCAUCAUCACUGUGACUACGCGACUUUUUCUUGUUGUACGAGGAGGAACCUUCUUUGAUCCCGUGUAG